AUUAUUUUCAGAUACAAUGUUAACCCUGGCGGGAAGAUUAAAGGUGAUUCCUGCACAGUUUUCCGUCCUUCCGGAGCAAUGUGCGUCCUUCCUUCAGCUGUUUUCGCUAACAAAGCAGUGUGCGUCCUCCGUGAAGGAGCAAAGACGGGGAAUGGCUCGAGGAAGGAAUUACUAUAUCAAGGGAGCCAGCCAGAAACAGCAGAUUAGCGAGGAGGCCAGGGAACUACUGAAGAACAGAAGGAAUCCUGAGGAUCACAGAUGGCGUUUAGGAGCCGGGAUCCAGGAACCCCUAACUAUGGAUCCUAAAACUGAAGAUCUAAAGCGUGCCAAGCAGUAUAUGGUCAACUAUAAAGGAUCGAAAAUAAAUGACGGCGACGAAGUUUUAAGAUACUACCCCCACCGUGAUGAGAAACUCCCCCAGGAUAUCCCCUCCCCAGUCCUCAUGGUCUCUAGGGUUAAACCUUUGCAUGGAGAACCAUGGUUCAACAAGGACUAUGCUCGUCAGCUAGGUUUGGGUGAACGGGAGGAACUGAGUAAGCGUGUAUUCCUACCGAAUAUACCGUCUGUAACCAGUAUUCUCUUCAAGAUUAAACAUAUGGUCGCCAUCAAACCAAUCACAUUUCCUAACGGAAUCCCAGAGGAUUUUCACCCGGACAGUCAUGGAUAUCAUCUUAAUAGGAUGGGCGAGUUUACUAUCCACCCGUCCCUGAAGCAGGAUCCUGAUGAGGCGGUGAAGAAUGCAGAAUGGAUGAAGAUAGAUACAGAUAUGAUAACGAAGGAAGGAAACAAACAUUGGAGAACACCGUUCAAUUCACCGCUUGGACAUUCAACAUACCUAGCGGAUACUAGAUGGAGGGAUAAUGAGAAAGCUGCUCCUCAAUUCAUUAAAAACAUGAAGAAAAAAUGGUCAUAAAAUUACUUUUUCAAAUAAACUUGCAGACAACA